AUGGUUUGGUUUCAAUGCGAGGACUGUGGAGAUAAUCUGAAGAAACCAAAGCUCCCGAAUCACUUCAGAAUGUGCAGUGCCACAAAGUUAUCGUGCAUCGAUUGUGGAGAAAUGUUUGGGAAAGAUAGUGCACAAGGACAUACCCAGUGCAUUACCGAAGCUGAGAAAUAUGGUCCAAAAGGGCAGUCAAAGGCAUCUAAUGGCACACCUGCAAAGCCAAAGGACAAGCAACAGCCCGAUUUCGAUAUAACUGUCGGCUUAUCGAACCGAUAUCCAUGGUUUUGUAGUUUGUGUAACACAAAGGCUACUAGCCAGCAGACGUUGCUUGCCCAUGCCGAUGGGAAGAAACACCGAGGAAAAGCAAAAGGCUUCCAUGCGAAACAACAAGAAUCAGAACAAUCUACGGUGGAUACGAAGGAUGCGAGCGAAAAUGCUUCUAAUGGUGAUUUGGAACAGAAGAAAGAAGAUUUACAUGUCGACUCAGGGGUUGCGAAUGUUGAGAAAAAGAGAAAGCUAGAGACUUUGGAUGAAACUGUGAACAACGGAGAGGUAGUUGAAGCCGAAGAAGUGAGAGGAGGUGGUGAAGUAAAGAAAGCAAAGAAGCAGGACCAUGAGAAGAAAAUCAAUUGGAAGAAGUUGAUCACAGCGGCUUUGAAAUCUAACGAAGAUAAAACUUUAAAGAUGAAGAAACUGAAGAAGCUGGUUCUGGAAUCUCUUGUGGAUUCAGGCAUAACUAAAGACAAAUCCGAGCUCAAGGCAGAGCUAGAGCUGAAGGUGAACUCGAGCUCCAGAUUCACGGUUGAUGGGAAGUACGUUAAACUUGCCGCUAAAGACUGA